AUGGCCGAGCUAGAUUUUGUUUGGACGUGGGAGGAGUUUGUGGUCUGCUUUGACCAAAAGUUCUUCCCAAAGCAUAUCCGUGAGCAGAGGGCCUUAGAGUUCGAGACCCUGGUGCAAGGUGAGAUGAUGGUGUCUCAGUAUGAGGCCCGAUUUAUUGUGUUGUCUCGUUUUGCCUCCUACAUCAUCGACGACGAGAAGCGGAAGGCUCGCCGUUUUGUGAGUGGCUUGCUUCCUGUCCUUCGCAGUCGUGGCGUGGGACAUCUGUUGACGACAUUUGAUGAGGUCGUGCAUAGGGCCUUGGUUUAUGAGGAGGAUUGGGCCAUGUCAUAUAGGUCCGGAGAGCAGAGUUCCAGUGGAGACCGGAAGAGGAAGGCACCCUCCGGUAGCUCCCACAAUCUGGGCAUCGUAGGCGCAAGUGUCCUCAUCAGCAAAAGCAGUAGAGAGCACCGCAGCUGCCCCUGCCCCAUCCUCCAUAGUAGCAGCAGCAGCAGCAGCGACCCCAGCAUCAAACUCCUAUUCAUAGGCCUCCUCCCCAGUAGCAAAGGCAGCAGCGUAGGCCACCAUAAUGGCCGCAGUAGCAGUAGAGACCGCGGCAGAGGGGACAGAUUCUACGCCGCCCAGCAGGAGCCGCAGUCAUCUUAUGGAGGAGUAGUUGAGGGUAUCCUCCUUAUUUCUUCUUGUGUUGCUCGUGUUUUAUUUGAUUCUGGAGCAUCUCAUUCAUUUGUGGUUGAGGAGUUCUGUCGAACGACAAGUCUACCAUCGAAGUCUGCGCCUAAGGCUUUAUCUGUUUCGACUCCCUUGGAGAAGUUCGGGGUUUUGAGCCAUCACUGUCUUCUUGUUCAGUUUUGGUUUGAGAUCCCGGGUUUGCCGUCGCACCGGCAGAUAAAGUUUCAGAUUAAUUUGGUGCUCGGUACUGUGCCUAUUUCGAAGGCCCCCUACCAGAUGGCACAAUUGGAGUUGUGA